CAGUCCGCUUUGUGGAGGAAGUGGCUGGAUUACACUCUAAUCCCAUUAUGAUGCUGCAGCCCCGUGAGGCCCGCCUGGACAGAUCAGCACCCGAUGGCUGGAUCAGCUGCAAACCCGGCGACUUUAAUGAUUUAGACUAAUUAAAAUGACCUGAUGGUUUAGAUGAUGCUGACCAACGAGGGAGGACGAGCUUCACCUUCUGACCCCGGCUUGGUGGCCACUGACCUUUCUGGAACAAAGGUCUGCUUUCUGGAGAAAUGACAGAUGAGAAAAUGAUUAACCUGGCUGGUGGUGGGAAUGUGUGUCACCAUCAGAGCGGUGUUUUGUGUACGUGACAGCAGGUGAAGGUCUGAAGGACACACGCUGGACUUUUAAACAAAGACAGCGAAGCAUCCGACCCACAGAGAUGAGAGACGGAAAAUCAGCCGGCAGGGUUUCCUUGUUUUGAUUUAUUCAUUUUCUAAGUGGAUCACCUGCAACAAGCACUUCAUCAAACUCAGAGGACUGCAUUUCUUCCAUCGACGGCAUUAGUCCUAAAAGUAUUUGUUUGGCUCUCAGAGUCUGAUCGUGCAGCAGCGACUCAACAGCUGCCACUAUGUUCGAGGCAAAGGGAGCAGGCAGAGUCUGACUGGACCAGAAGAAAAUUUGGUACCGGGGGAAAACCGCCAGUGACUGCAGCCGUCAUCCUCCUCCUCUGCAGCUAAAACUUCGGCUCCUGCAGCAAAAGGAACAUUAUCGAGUCUUUGACUCCAACUCCAUCAUCCGGCUCUUCUCUAAACAGCAGGAUCUGUAGUCACUGUCAUGGCAUCAGCAGCAGUGGAGCUGAUGGGCUUCUUCCUGGGCCUUCUGGGGAUGCUGGGAACAUUGGUCGCCACGGUGCUGCCAUACUGGCAAAUAUCUGCACACAUCGGCUCCAACAUUGUGACGGUGGUGGCCAACAUGAGGGGCCUGUGGAUGGAGUGCGUCUACCAGAGCACGGGGGCCUUCCAGUGUGAGACCUACAACUCCAUGCUGGCGCUGCCCUCCGACCUGCAGGCCUCUCGCGCCCUCAUGGUCAUCUCUGUGGUGUUGUCCGUCCUGGCCAUCACCAUGUCAACCCUGGGGAUGCAGUGCACGCUUUGCCUGGAGGGCUCAGGUGCGGUUAAGAGUCGCGUGGCAGGUACCGGUGGGGGGCUGUUUCUGGCGGCAGGCUUGUUCUCUCUUGUUCCCGUGGCGUGGACCACGCACGAGGUGGUCCAGACUUUUUACAGCCCCAACAUUCCAGCAGGCAUGAAGUACGAGAUUGGGGAGUGUCUGUACCUCGGCCUGGCCUCGGCUCUCAUCUCCAUGCUGGGCGGGGGGAUGCUGAGCGUGUCUUGCUGGGAGGAGCAGGAGGGUGGCCGCGGGAGACGAAACGCUGGGGGAUAUCCAUACCCAGCAGGAGUUGGGAUGUCCGGCACCGCGGCACGAACGACCUCACAGACCUACAGAAACCCCACGCUGCAGGUGGGGGGGGUGAACAUAGCCAGCAGGCUGCAGCCGCUGGUCCGCAGCACCAGUGGCAGCACAGGGUCGGGAGCCCAUGGGGGCCCGGGAACUAAGAAGCCUACAGCAGCAGGAUAUGACAUCACUGGAUAUGUUUAACUUUAUUUUAGCACUCCUUCAGAUGAGACGUAAAUGAAGCUUCAAUUAUGGGAUGUUUUGACCUUUAACUUGCAGACCCAUCAUUUUAUUUGUAUUGAGUUUAAUCCAUUGACGGUUGUAGGGGCGGGGCCGCAGGGUCAUUGGCCCCUGAAUUGCCCUUGUCCAGUCAUUAAUCGGUCCUUGCAAUUCCGAGUCCAACCCCUAGAGGCACUAAAGAGUCAAACAGGAACUACCAGCAUGAAAUCUUGUGUAAGGAGGUCUGUCUAAGGCCCUGUCCACACGUAGCCGGGGAUCUGCGAAAACGUAGAUAUUUUUCUACGUUUUGGCCUGUCAUCCACACGAAAACGAAGUUUUUUCACACAAAAAUCUGCGUUUUCUCCGUUUUGGGUGUCUGCGUGUGGACAGACAAAACCGGAGUUUUAAGGUCCGCAACAUCACUUUCCGCGACAAAAAAAAUGCUGACAUCACGUGUGCGACCUGUGUUUACACUAGCCGGCAUCAUGGAAGCCCUCAGAGCUGCGCUCUGUCACUACCCGAUCCAUCAAUUGUCCAAGCGCUUUUUGCUUGUUUGUUUUUGCAAGUGGAAUUACUGCUCCUUGCGGAAGAUCACAGACGAAGGACGAGGUUAAGAACGGGGGAAGUACUGCCGCCUACAGGUCUGGCAUGUCCUUAACAACGUAUUUUUCCGGGUAUGUGUGGACAGUUUUUCUUUUAAACGCGGUGGUGUGGAUGCAAGUUUUUGGAGGGGUGGAUAUUCGUUUUCAAAAAACCUGGCUACGUGUGGACUGGGCCUAAUACUCUGCCCCUUACUGACCCCCCGAAGUUCCGCCACUGGUUUAAAAGUGCCGUUGGCUCUGCUUUCUCUGAUUUUCUUAUUUAAGCUCCAGAUUUAGCACCAGCCUGCUUUGGUGUUUUUGAACAUCACCAAUAGACAUUAAUAAUGCUUGCAGAGCUCAGUCUGGCCUCUACUUAAAGAGACAGUGUGCAGUUUUUACCAUCACUCUCUGGAAAUAUGCAUGGAAAUGUUGUUGAAAAUGAAUUAAAUGAUGCCCAGUUGUGGAAAAAUA